UUUAAUCAUCGAGAGCAUGCAUUGAGAAGGCUAUUUUAUAAAUCCGUCAAACCGUUAACUAAAACUAAUAACAGCACGCAAUGUUUCAGCCUUCUAGACAACAAAUUCUGCGCCUUUAUAAACAUCUCAUACGCUACGGUAAUCAGUUACAACUAACCGACAAAACCUACUUUUUGGGUCGUAUACGUCGUGAAUUCAAGGAGGGUCGCAAUAUCAGUGAUCCACUCAAAAUUGAGUUUAAUUUUAAGCGCGGCGAAACGCUUUUACGCAACGGACGCAUUCUCUAAUUCAUUAGCAAUCAACAACUAUGUUACAACGCAUAAUAAAUGUAUUUGCAG